CAACUCGAACGAGAGCUCGCCUACCUGCGCGGUCAGACCGCCAAGGCCAAGAUGGAGGCACUAGCCAAGUACGGAGGAUCCAAGGAGGAGCUCGCUGGAUGGCUUGUCCAGAUGAGAGCCUACUUCCUCUACUACGCGGAGCGAUUCGUCAACGAAGCCCAGAAGGUUGGGUACGCGGCCUCCCGACUUGAGGACAAGGCGCUUGGAUGGUUCGAACCGACCUUGGACGACUACCUGAAGCACGCGAACGACGAAGAAGAGCAGGAGGAGGUCACU